UAUAUUAAAAAAAUUAAAUCAUGAAUUAAAAACUCCGACUAAGAAAAGGAGGUUAAUCAAGCUAAAAACAUGAUUAAUAGAGAGUUUUUGUGAUGAGGUUUUUAUGGAAAUAUAAGAAACCAUCUCUUAACUUUUAACUAAAAAAUUAAGAACCGGCUCUUAAAUAUUUAAGAGCCGGUUCUUAAUUUUUUAGUUAAAAGUUAAGAAACGGUUUCUUAUAUUCUGCUAAAAAUUAUAUCCUAAAAAUUACCUAUUAAUCAUGCUCUAAGCUUACAUGACAGUAACUUGAUUUCAAUCAUUUCAAGCCGAAACUAGACAAAUCAAUGUUUAGAAAUAAUGGACCUGCGUGUUUUAGUUUCAUUAUGUAGCUUCAUAAAAUUGUAAAAAUUAAUAUGAUAAAAAGAAAAGUUAAGCUAGUAAGAAAAUAUUACAAACUAGAGUUAGAAGGGUGAAGAAUUCUUCUUUAAUCUAGGCCACAGAUCGAAUAUCGAUCUGCUAUCGACUUCCAUCGUUAGAUGUCUACCUGGUCACUAUAUAUUUUAAAAUGGCAACAAUGAUAUCAUACGUUUUACAUAUUCCAAUGAUUAUUGUGGAAGUCGAUGUAGGAUUUAACCUGAUUAUGUUUAACAAGAAAAAACAAAAUGUUUGACCAAAAAAAGAAUAAAAUAACACUAUUACAUACUUUCUCCGUUUCUAAGUGAUCCCUGUUUAAAAAAAAAUAUUUUAUUUUUAAAAUAUCUAUAUUUAACAUUUUCAUGUAUGUAAGAAUGACAAAUUAUAAAUUUCAAAAACAUUAACUGUGUUACUGAAUUUUGAUUGGUUAAAAUGAAAAUAGCUAAACACGGAAAAUAAUACAUUUACUAUAAAAAUUUUAAUUUUUUUUAAUAACUGUGAAAAUUUUAAAACAUGGAUCAUUUAUAAACAGAGGGAGUGUUUUUUUUUUUUAACUAAGGACUUUGAAUUAAAAACAUAAAUGACAAGGUAAGGCUAUGAUGCCUUAAAGUUUGCAUGAAUUAUAAGCCUCUAUAAUUUAUGCUAGCAUUAGCCUAACUAUAAGCCUCUCUUUGGGGUGUUAGCUCCGAUUGUUUUUAUCUCGGCUUUGUUUUCCUGUAAAAGAUUUGGGCUAAAUUUUUGGUGUACCCGACUCUUAAUCACUUUUUCGUUAUGUUCGAAUUAAUGAAAUAUAACAAAAAGGACUUCCGAGUAAGUGCCAUUUAUAAGUGGAUAACUCAAACUUCGAAUUGCAACAAAUGAAAUGUAUGUCUUUAUUUGUGAAAAUACUUGUCCUUCAGAUUGAACUGAAGUAGCUUUAGAUAUGGAAUUGUGGACCUUGUGGUUAUAAUGGAUUAAGAGAGAAUUGAGAAAGCUUUGUGUUAUUUCAUUACUAACAAUAACGUAAAAAACAGUCAUGAACUCCUCACGCGUUUACGCAAUAUGAAUCCCACAUUCCCACUACACUUCAAAAUCUCAAAUCAUGGAAACUAACUCGUUUUUUUUUGACAAAGAAAACAGGAACAAUCUCAUUUUAUAUAUUUAAUCGUAUGAUGCGAAAAUAUGCUUUUAACAUAUUGUAAAAAUGUCGCAUUUUAUUUUAUAAAGUCAUUAGAUAUAAUAAAUAUGAAAUUGGCACAAGAGUGGCAAGACAUACCACAUAGAGCCAUGCUCAGUCUGACAAGGACAAAAACAGAAGCUGACUCUUCUUGCAUUUUUAUUUUUUCCUCUUUUUCACAUUAUCAUAAUUGAAUUAUUGAUAAAUUUUUCUAAGUUUGUAGAUUUUUUCCAGUCAGUAUUCACAUUUCUUUUCUCUCUAUAUAAACCACAGUAAGUUUAUAUCUCUCUUACAACUCCAAGAGCCACGGAGCUACAAAACCCACACCAACGAGUUCGUCGGGGAAAAAAAACAUGCCGACGAACAAGACACCGUCCCUCCCCAUAUAUUCCCUCUUCCUUGGUUUACUUUGGUUCGAUUAUUUUCCCGGUUUAGAGGCAGCAACCGGAAAACUAGGUUCGGUUCCGGGAGUAUACGUGUUUGGAGAUUCGUUGGUUGAUGCCGGAAACAAUAACUACUUAGCAUUUUCCGUUUCCAAAGCCAACUAUCCACAUAAUGGCGUUGAUUUUCCUGGCAAGAGACCCACCGGAAGAUUCAGUAACGGCAAAAACGCCGCCGAUGCUAUCGCUGAGAAAUUUGGUUUACCGCUACCACCGCCGUAUCUCUCACUAAGAGGCCUGUUUAAAGAGAAAAGGAGAAAAUCUGCCGCCGUGACCGGUGUGAAUUUUGCUUCAGGUGGAGCCGGUAUCUUCAACAGCUCCGACCAAAAGCUUGGACAAGCUAUUCCUUUAUCACACCAAGUAAACCAUUGGCUCUCUAUUCAUCGUGAACUGACGAAUCAGCUUGGACCAGCCGAAACACAAAUACAUCUAUCCAAAUCUCUAUUCACAGUGGUCAUAGGUAGUAACGAUCUUUUUGACUAUUUUGGAUCGUUUAAACUUCGAAGAAGAAACAAUCCUCAACAGUAUACACAAUUAAUGGCAGAUAAACUCAAAGAGCAAUUGAAGAGGAUUCACGAUACUGGAGCACGCAGAUUCCUAGUAGUCGGAGUUGCACAAAUUGGUUGCACACCGGGGAAAAGAGAGAAGAACUCGGCAAUCCAUGAAUGCGACGAAGAGGCAAACACGUGGUGCUCUUUGUACAACGAAGCUUUGGUAAAGAUGUUGCAACAACUCAAACAAGAGUUGCAAAGCUCAAUAACUUACUCUUACUUUGACAACUUCAAGUCCUUACAUGACAUUAUCUCCAACCCUGCCCGUUACGGUUUUACUGAUGUGACAUCAGCUUGUUGUGGAAAUGGGAAAUUAAACGCGGAUAUUCCAUGCCUUCCAGUCACGAGAUAUUGUUCAGACAGAACCAAAUAUCUCUUCUGGGAUCGUUACGGUCAUCCCACGGAAGCUGCAGCUCGAACCUUCAUCGACCUUAUGUUAUCUGAUGAUUCACAAUACUCAUCUCCUUUAACUCUCAGUCAACUAGUUUCUUCAUAAUGUCAAUAUGGGGAUUCGUUGAGAAAGACUACAAAUUAAGUAUAUCAAUGAAAUAAAUUUUAUUAAUUUGCUAGUGUUUCUCUCGUUUUUUUUUAUAAACCUAAUAAGGUUAUCAGAUGAGUAUGCAAACACUAUGGGAUUUACUUCUUUUGCAGAAAAUUGACAUCUUUCCAGUUCACGAUUUGGCUGUGUUCUUCAAAAUUCUUUUUUGGGAAUCAGAGCUUACUGUUGUUACG